CUCUCUCACGUUCUUGCGCUCCCUCUCUUCUGUGUCCUCAUUGCACUGAGCGCUGCACAUGAGGUGAUUUCAGCCUCUUAAAUCUGUGAAUCGUCGACCGGUUAUUGGAACAGGCUAAUUAAAAGGAGAGGGGGGGGGAGUGUGUUAGAGAUUUGGAGGAGACGUUGCCGCCGCUUCCUUCUCUCACGCUUCUCUUUGGCCCGGGAGGAAGCGAGGGAAGAGAGGAGGAAGCGAGGGAAGAGAGGAGGGGGACGAGGGGAGGCGAGACAGCCGGCUGGAUGCAGAUUCUUUUGAAACCUCUUCACCGUCAUCUGAUCUGAAAUGGCCGUCGCGUAGGAAUCUGCAGCCACAGCAACCGUCAGCUCGGCGACGAGGACAAGGACACGGAGAGCGGCCCGAGGGACGCUGGGAGAACCGGAGGAGAGGGAUGGCGGCGGAGGGGAAGCCGGGUGUAAAGAGCAGCAGCUCCAUCGUCCCCUGCUUCCUGUUUGUGGAGAUCCUCGUUGGAGAGCUGUGUGCCUUCUUCACCAAGGCGGAGGGAACCCAGGAGAGGACGAUCGUCACCGCAGACUGCUGCUACUUCAACCCCUUACUGAGGCGCAUCAUACGCUUCCUAGGUGUGUACACCUUCGGCCUGUUCACCACCACCAUCUUCGCCAACGCCGGCCAGGUGGUGACCGGGAACCAGACGCCUCACUUCCUGUCGGCGUGCCGGCCCAACUACACGGCGCUGGGCUGCCAGUCCACCAUGCAGUACAUCGCCGAGCGCCGCGCCUGCACCGGCAACCAGCUGAUCGUCACGUCCGCACGCAAAUCCUUCCCCUCCAAGGACGCCGCGCUGAGCGUGUACUCCGCCGUGUACACAGUGGGCAGCGCCACCAUCGGCAUGCCCAGCACGGACUCAGGCCGCUGGGGGGGCGGCGGGGGGGCGCUCGGCAGCAUCUGCUGGAAGCUGUUAAUCACACAAGUCGGCGGGAAGAAAACACUGCGUGUGAACGUGAAACUGAACGUUGCCUUCCGCUGUAUUCUGGGCCCGGUCGCCGUUGCCCAAUGA